AUGUCUGCCAUCGCGGAGAAAGUUGCCGACGCCGUCAACGACGUUACCAACGCUCUGAGCAAUACCUCCAUCACUGGCAAGGCCGCCGACGACAAGUCUGCUGCCAACGAUGCCGUCCUCGCCAGUGCUGCCGAAGGUCGCCGCCUCUACAUCGGCAACCUGGCCUAUGCGACAACUGAGGGGGAGCUGAAGGACUUCUUCAAGGGUUACCUUGUCGAGUCUGUUUCUAUCCCCAAGAACCCUCGUACUGACCGCCCAGUCGGCUAUGCCUUUGUCGACCUGUCCACCCCCAGCGAAGCUGAGCGCGCCAUCGCUGAGCUUUCCGGCAAGGAGAUCCUCGAGCGUAAGGUCUCUGUUCAACUUGCCCGCAAGCCGGAGCCAAAUGCCGAGAAGACUGAGGGCACCAACGGUGAGGGUGCCGAGGGCACUCGCCGCCGACAGUCCACCCGUGGCCGUGGUGCCAAGCGUGGCCGCGGUGGUGCUGGCCGUACCCGUGGUGGCCGGGACGAGAAGAAGGAGGAGGGCGCAACGACUGAGGCCGUUGCCGCCCCCGCUGCACCCGCCGAAGUUGCAGCAACCACUGAGGUUCAACCUUUGCAGGAUAUUACCAACAAGGAUGUCGACGCUGACAAGAUUGACAAGAAGACCACUCAGGCUCGCCCACCUCGCGAGCGCCGUGAGCGCGGCCCCCCGGCCGACGGCAUCCCCUCCAAGAACAAGGUCAUGGUCGCUAACCUGCCGUACGACCUGACUGAGGAGAAGCUGAAGGAGUUGUUCGCCGCCUAUGAGCCAUCUACUGCUAAGAUUGCGCUUCGCCCCAUCCCUCGCUUCAUGAUCAAGAAGCUUCAGGCUCGUGGCGAACCACGCAAGGGACGUGGUUUCGGCUUCGUCACCCUUGCUUCUGAGGAGCUGCAGCAGAAGGCUGUUGAGGAGAUGAACGGAAAGGAGAUUGAGGGUCGCGAGAUCGCUGUCAAGGUCGCCAUCGACAGCCCCGACAAGACAGACGAGGAGGCCAACGCCCCCGAGCAUAUUGAGGGCGAGACCAACGGCACCGAAGAGGCCGCUGCCGCCCCUACCACUGCUUAA